UUUCCCGCUGGUGUCGGUUCACCCCCUUGCGAUCCUUCUUUUAAACACGCGGAACCAGGCGAUCGGACCCAGGUGUAUGGGGAGGAAGCAAACAUGGCUGGUGGAGGAAAUAUCAAGGUGGUGGUGAGAGUGCGGCCUUUCAACAGCAGAGAAAUCGACCGUGGUGCAAAAUGUAUUGUUCAAAUGAAAGACAACCAAACCGUCCUUUCCACUCCACCGGGCGCCGAUGAUAAAGCCCGCAAGGCUGGUGGAGGGAAAGGCGGGGAUGGAGGACCAAAAUCAUUCGCCUUCGACAGAUCGUAUUGGUCUUUCGACAAAAACGCCCCGAAUUUUGCGAGCCAGGACAACCUCUUUCUCGACUUGGGUGUACCGCUAUUAGACAAUGCCUUCCAGGGUUACAACAACUGUAUCUUCGCCUACGGUCAGACGGGUUCCGGAAAAUCGUAUUCCAUGAUGGGUUACGGCAAGGAGUACGGUGUGAUUCCGAGAAUUUGCCAGGAUAUGUUCGAGCGCAUUCGCACAAUCCAGCAAGACAAGAACCUCGGCUGUACGGUGGAAGUCUCGUAUCUUGAAAUCUACAAUGAGAGAGUCCGUGAUUUGCUCAACCCCUCGAAUAAGGGCAACCUUAAAGUCCGUGAGCAUCCGUCGACUGGUCCCUACGUCGAGGAUCUGGCCAAGCUUGUAGUGCGCUCUUUUGAGGAGAUUGAGAACUUGAUGGACGAGGGUAACAAGGCUAGAACGGUUGCUGCCACAAACAUGAACGAGACCUCCAGUCGUUCCCACGCUGUGUUUACGUUGACCCUCACACAGAAGCGCCAUGAUGCGGAAACGUCUAUGGAUACGGAGAAGGUGUCGCGCAUUAGUUUGGUCGAUCUUGCAGGUUCGGAAAGAGCAAAUUCUACUGGCGCGACCGGUGCGAGACUGAAAGAGGGUGCGGAAAUUAACCGUUCGCUGUCGACCCUUGGUCGUGUCAUUGCCGCUCUUGCUGACGUGGCGGCUGGCAAAAAGAAGAACGCAUCAAUGGUUCCGUAUCGUGAUUCUAUAUUGACAUGGUUGUUGAAGGACUCGUUGGGAGGUAACUCCAUGACAGCAAUGAUUGCUGCGAUUUCACCCGCCGACAUCAACUUCGAGGAGACUCUCAGUACUCUCCGUUAUGCAGACUCGGCGAAGCGAAUCAAGAACCAUGCCGUUGUGAAUGAAGACCCCAACGCACGAAUGAUCAGAGAGUUAAAGGAGGAGUUGGCCCAACUCCGGUCGAAACUUGGGGGUGGUGCCGCAGGUCCUGGAGCAGGCGGCGCUGCUGGCGCUAUACCAGCAGAAGAAUAUUACCCUCCAGAUACUCCUCUAGAGAAGCAACUCGUCUCCAUACAACAGCCGGAUGGUUCAGUUACGAAAGUCAGCAAGGCAGAAAUCGUCGAACAGCUGAACCAGAGCGAGAAGCUUUACAAGGAUCUGAAUCAAACUUGGGAGGAGAAGUUGGCAAAGACUGAAGAGAUUCACAAAGAGCGAGAGUCUGCUCUGGAGGAACUUGGUAUCAGUAUCGAGAAAGGUUUCAUUGGAUUGAGCACGCCGAAGAAGAUGCCACAUUUGGUCAAUCUGAGCGACGACCCGCUGCUCGCCGAGUGUCUCGUUUACAACAUCAAACCGGGAACCACCAUAGUCGGAAACAUGGACCAGGGCAGCCAUGUCGAAAUAAGAUUGAACGGUUCGAAAAUCUUGGACGAUCACUGUAGGUUUGAGAACGUGGACAAUGUUGUUACCAUUAUUCCCACGGAAGGCGCAGCAGUCAUGGUGAAUGGACUGCGGAUCGAUAAACCGAAGCGGCUCAAGAGUGGAUUCCGCAUUAUCCUGGGUGAUUUUCAUAUCUUCCGUUUCAACCAUCCCCAGGAAGCGCGUGCUGAACGAGUUGAACAGAGCUUGCUGCGUCAUUCCGUUACUACAAGUCAACUGGGCUCGCCGGCACCGAACAAAACCCAUGAUCGAACCCUGAGUAAAACAGGCUCGGAGGUGGACGGCGAUUCGAGCAGAGCGGAUUCCCCGAUGCCCUCCCAGCGUGGUAGGGAAUCCGAUUGGUUUUAUGCUCGCCGUGAAGCUGUCAGUGCGGUGCUGGGGCCGGAUCAAAUCUCCCAUAUGCCUGACGAUGAGCUGGACGCCUUGUUCGAGGAUGUACAGAAAGUGCGGGCAACUCGUCGCGGACUAAUGGAGAACGAGGAAGACUCCGAUUCGCUCAGUUCGUUCCCUGUGCGGGAUAAGUACAUGUCCAAUGGAACGAUCGAUAAUUUCUCGUUGGACACUGCCAUCACAAUGCCGGGAACUCCGCAUCCGAACGACGAAAAUGACGGCCAGAAUGGGGGCGAGGCUACUCUGCAAUCGGUGCGUCAGGAUAUGCAGCGCCAGUUGGACCGACAGAAAGAAGAGUAUCAGGACAAGCUGAGGAAUGCUGAGGCCUCUUCCACCCAGGGAGUCGAUGACCUACGCUCCGAAAAGGCUCGAAUGGAGGAAGCCCUGCGAACUGCCAAGGAAGAAUUCGAAGAACAACUGAAAAAGCAGAAGGAAGCUUUUGAGUCUCACAUGAAGGACCUAGGCCAACCGGUACCCAGAAUCUAUGAGAAUGGUUUUGCCAAGUUGGACGACAGGGAGCUUGAAGUCGCCAGGACCGUCUUCCGCCACUGGUCUCAGCAAAACUACGUUCGCAUGGCCGAGAAAGUGCUCCAGCAUGCGUCUUUGUUGAAGGAGGCCCAAGUGAUGAGCCACAUAAUGGACAAGAAUGUGGUAUUCCAGUUUGCGAUCAUUGACCACGGGCAUAACAUGGCCUCGUCCUACGACCUUGUACUGAAUGGCAUUUCCGGCGACGAGGACGUUGUUCUAGAUGAAGCCAAGAAACCUUGUGUCGCAGUUCGUGUGAUUGACUUCAAGCAAUGUGUCAUCCACCUAUGGUCUAUCGAGAAGCUCCAACGCCGUGUUCAGGCUAUGCGACAACUGCACCAGUAUAUCGACCGGCCAGACUACAUCCAACAUUUCAAGCUUGAAAACCCCUUCUCAGAGCCGUGUUCACCUCAAUAUUCGCUGGUUGGUGACGCUGAUAUCCCUCUCACGGCGGUCUUUGAGACCCGAGUCCAAGACGUUUCAGUUGAAGUUACCUCGCCAUAUACACAAAAUGUCAUAGGCAUCAUUAGGCUGUCCUUGGAACCCUCUUCGGCUCAGGCGCCUUCGUCUACUCUCAAGUUCAACGUCGUGAUGCGUGAUAUGAUUGGGUUCGCUGAAUGGGAAGGGUCGGAUGUCCACGCGCAAUUGUUUGUACCCGGAAUUUCUGACGAAGGGGGAGCUACGACCACUCAAAUGAUCACCGGCUUCGAUGAAUCACCUGUACGGUUCGAGAGCGUUCAUAGUAUGAGUUUGCCGCUGUCAAGUCCACGGACGGCAGCGCUAAAGAUCUGUGUCUACGCCAAGGUGACCCAGAUGCAUCUGGACAAGCUCCUUAGUUGGGAUGACAUGCGAGACUCUGCCGAGCUGGCUCCCAAGAAACGAAAAACACCGCGUAUUGCAGAGACUGAGUUUUAUUCCGAAGAAAGACAUGAUGUUUUCGCCCGGGCGCAGGUGCUCGAAUUAGCGGAGUCCGGAGAAUAUCUCCCGGUUGAGGUUGUCCAGAGCAACAGCCUCGAUGCAGGUACUUACCAGCUCCAUCAGGGAUUGCAGCGACGGAUCCUGGUGAACCUAACUUACAGCUCGACUGAAAGCCUGCCGUGGGAUAAUAUUACCAAUAUCCGCGUGGGUUCAGUGCGAUUGCUAGAUCCCUGGGGCAAGAUCCCUGACCAGGAUUUGCAGACACCAGACGUUGCGCUGAAGUUCGUUCAGGAGCCAAACGUGAAGGAAAACGCGGAUGGGACAUCAAAUAUCACCAUCAUAGGCCAAUGGGACUCCAGCUUACACGGGUCCCUCUUGCUUGAUCGAGUCACUGCAGAUAAGUAUCGUGUCCAAGUGACUCUGCGAUGGGAUUUGUUGUCUUCCCGUCUGCAGGAUCCCGUUCCUUUUGAGAUAGAUCUGACCCUCCAGAUUCAAGGCCGAACGUAUGUUCGACCUCAAUCCAUGUUCAAACAAUUCUUCAAUUCAACGCGUAUUGUGCACUCCACAGUUCGCAUGUUCUCCCUAGUCGUCCGCCCGGUGUCCGCCAAACGUGCGGCUGAUCUCUGGCGGAUGAAUACACAAAACGACUAUGUGAAGGGCGAAGAGCUCCUGGUCACCUGGGCUCCGCGCAAAGUGUCGCUUGUCCGGGAUUAUAUAGCCGCCCGCAAACGAAGGCGACGUGUCGCGGAGUUGAAUGCAGCUAAAGGGGCUUUGAGUGCCAAUAGCCUUGUUGCAUCACCUUCACGCAGCGGACGGUCAACUCCCCUGCGUAGCCAGGAGCGUGCCGACCGCAGGGCUAAAUUGCUUCAGAAAUACGUCGACCUCUGGGGGAAGAAGACCGAUCCAAUCGAGGCAAUUCUGGUCCGAAGCAACACCGAGCCCCCUGCAGGAGGGGCGGCUUUUGCCUCGCGGGCGAAGCAGUCAUCUUCAAGCGAUGAUGGAAGUUCAGUUCAGGACGAGGCAUCAUUGAAGCCGCGAUUUGUUGCCAGCGUCCAAGCUCUUCCGAAGAACGAUUCAUCUCUGAAGUCGGGCUAUCUUUUGACUCCUGAUGAUACCAACAGCCACUGGGUGCGGCGUUUUGUUGAGCUUCGUCGUCCAUAUCUCCAUAUCUAUUCUGUUCCCGACGGUGAUGAGAUUAACGCUAUCAACCUGCGCAAUUCCCGGGUUGACCAUGCACCCGACUUCGCACGGCUCCUCGAUGGCCCAGGAGCAGCCGGAUCUGACCGGGGAACGUCGCCACGGGGUCGUCCGAAUGUCUUUGCAGUGUACGGGGCACAGAAUACGUUCCUGUUUGCGGCCCGAACCGAGGCCCAGAAAGUGGAAUGGAUUCUGAAGAUCGAUGAAAGCUAUUUCAGCAGCCCCGGUGCCAGAGCAAUGGCAAACCACAAUGCAUAACUUCAUGCUACCUGCGCAGCAGUGACCCAGCAAGCGCCGACUUUCUCACCUGAUGAACAGGUCUCAUGGAGAUCCGUGAUGUGACGCUACCCCGACCAACCAACCCUUUGUUUCCGCCCUUGCAUAUAGUACCCUCUCGGUGGCCGUUAGCUUUUGAUUUUUAACCACACAUUUUAGAUUCUACGUUUAUUUCUUUCUAUCGCGAUUCCGAUUGGCAGGCCUGGUGUUCCUUCGUUGAGCCAUGAUAUACAUCAUUCAUCCCUUUCCACUCCACACCCGUUCUUGAUUGAUUUUGAGAUACCCCUGAAUAAAUUUGCCUCUUACGGCCUCUAUCAACUCCCAUGUACAUACUUUUUUUCUGGAAAAAAUUUUCAACUAUAGAUACAGAUACACACACCAGCCUGCAUGCAUGCUAUGAUGCAAGAAAGGGAGGACCCGGCGUUGUCCGCAGGCG